UAUGACCUUGAACUAAAUUGCAUACAUGUGUAUUUUUAUACAUGUAUAAACUGACUUAGUUUUAUGACGAUUUGCUUGCAUUAGGACAUUUAACGAUGAAAAUUGAUCUACAUACGCAUAUUUUACCAAAGGAAUGGCCUGAUUUAAAACAGAGGUAUGGGUAUGGCGACUGGGUUCAGCUUGAUCACAGCUGUGAAGGCAGGUGUGCAGAUAUGAUGAAAGGUGACAAAUUCUUCCGGAAGGUUGAACCAAAUUGCUGGUUGUUAGAGGAUCGAAUCUCCGAGAUGGACGCAACGAAUGUUGAUGUACAAGUAUUGUCUACCGUUCCAGUUAUGUUCAGUUACUGGGCCAAGCCAGAAGAUACUUUAGACCUCUGUGAGAUUUUGAACAACGACUUAGCAGAGUCUGUAAAGAAAUACCCGGCCAGGUUUGCCGGGCUGGGUACUCUCCCCAUGCAGGCCCCGGAACUUGCUGUCAAGGAGCUGAUCAGGUGUAAACAUGAACUAGGUUUCAAUGGAAUACAGAUUGGAUCACAUGUCAAUGACUGGAACCUUGACGCACAAGAAUUGAGACCAAUAUUCGCGGCUGCAGAAGAACACAAUGUGUCUGUAUUUGUACACCCCUGGGAUAUGGAAAUGGGAGGCCGAAUGUCGAAAUACUGGCUUCCUUGGCUUGUCGGUAUGCCCGCUGAGACGAGUGCCGCCAUUUGUUGUAUGACGAUGGGUGGGGUUUUUGAACAAUUUCCAAAACUGAAAGUAUGCUUUGCACACGGAGGUGGCGCUUUUCCAUUCACGGUUGGCCGAGUGGAGCACGGAUAUAACGUGCGGCCGGAUCUGUGUGCCACUAAUUGUAAGAAAAGUCCUCGACAGUUCCUUGGUAAAUUUUACACAGACGCGUUAGUGCAUGACCCUAAAGCACUUCAGCUUCUGGUUGACAUCAUAGGAGAGGACCGUGUGAUAUGUGGAUCUGACUACCCUUUUCCACUAGGAGAACAUCACCCUGGGAAAUUGAUACAGGAGUCCGACUUUUCUGAGGAAAUCAAGAACAAACUGCUUUCCGACAAUGCCUGCGAAUUUCUUGGAUUGGAUAAAUCAAACUUUCAAGGAAAAAGUUGAACUUUACACCAGCUGCCGAAUGUUUAUUUUUACAAAAACUGUCUUUCAGCUAACUGGGUGAUAAGCUAUGUAAUUCUUGCCAGUAUGUAGUGAUUUAUAAUGUAUUUUAAUACAUGUAUUGAGGUGCUUUAACAUUGUGGUGCGUGUAUUGUUAAAUAUCACGUCUUCUUGUCAUUUUGUUCACUUUAUGUAUAAAAUAAUGGAUCUCGUAGUUAUAACAAAGGAAGAAUGUUAUAUAUUUUCACUUUCGUAUUUUG